CCAGGGAUUUGUACUUCUGAAUCAUGAAUACCGUGUCACGGGCGCUCAAUAUGCCUCUGAAGGCUGAAGGAGACGUCCAGAAUUGCCGCCUAUGCUCAUGCUCAGGAAAUCCCUCAGAUGUCUCCUUAGACGCGCAGAUAUUCACCAACCACCACCUGCGCCAUGUCUUGGGCCGGACACCGUCACCUGCGUAACUCUGACUAAGGACUUGCUCGAGUUGGUACUCAAAAGCCGACGAUGCCAUAACCUGAUACCUCUUUGUGUCAAGAUUCAGACGUUAUGCAGGCGUUUCGUGGCUUGAUUACUUACUGAUUCGCGCUGCACGCCGUCGAGAUGGGGACUAUUUGUACGUGGACGAACAAAUGCGCCUCGGUUUUGUGUGUUUAUCUGGACAUCAUAUCAUUCUCCUCCCUUUGUUGUUUUUGUUUGGACACGCAUACAUCAUCACAUCUGAAGGAGUCUGUUUCCAGAGCGUCAUGCGUGCCAUUUGUCAUCACAUUAUCACAUACACACACAUACACGGCGGUAUGUGACGACUGUGAUGGACAUUACUACCUUCGUAAUCAUAACACAACUAACGAAGGUAUUAUAUAUUUAUAUAAAGAAACGCUCCAGGGGGCGGACCCAGAGACGGGGAGAGGAAUUUAGGGCUAGUCACGGACGUGAUCUAAUGAGGGCUCCAUCCCCAGGUGGGUCGGCAUAACCUACGACCGACGUGAGCGCAGUGCUGAUGGCGUCUUUUACGCCACGGAUGCAAACGUACGUGAGACGUGCGCCUCGAGUCAAAGUCGGCAUAGACUCUCGGACUGACGAACAUACACAGGUGACAUGUCUGUAUCAAUACAAAUAAUAUUAAUCACAU